UCUAACCUUUGGCCCCCUUUCUAUUACUCACUCCUCCCACCUCCCACCUCCCAGAUCUCCACCACCUCGCCUGAACCCGUCACGCCUCCGCCGAGCCCUAAUCCUCCACUCUCCCAUCGGAUCCCGUCGGCCGUCGAGAGGUGGCGCCGGCAGAGAUGCGGAGCUCUAUCGCGACCUACCGGGAGAGCCUCUCUCGGCUCGCCGGCGAGGUCGACGACGCCACGGCAGACGAGGUCCCCGCGCCGGCGCCAUCUCGUGAAGGGGAGCACGCCCCUACGCCGCCGUCCUCUGGUCGGCGGAGACGGUACUCCCGCCCCGACUCUGCCGAGCCAGACGAGAUUUCUAAACUCAAGGAAGAUAUUGAAAAGCUUCAAGCUUCUGAGGCUGAAAUCAAGGCACUAUCCUUCAAUUAUGCUGCCAUGUUGAAGGAAAAGGAGGAACAACUGGGAAAACUUCGUGAAGAAAAUUGUUCACUAAAAAGAAGUAUGGAGAGCUCUAACUCUAAGGCAGUCUCAGGAAAUUCUAAUGGUACUCUGCAAAGAUCUCCUAGCAGAACGCAAAGAAAUACAGUUCCAGAAAAUUCAUUGAAUGUCUUAAAGCAGAAUGGGUAUGGUGGUGGUGCUUCACAGGGCAUCCAGCAGAACGGUCUGCACUCGUUGACUGGGCAUCAUAAGGGAGAUGUAUUCGAGGAAGAACAAUCAUACUUCGCUUCUAAACAGGCCAGCUUUGAAACUGAAAUAAAGCAAUUGAAACAGAAACUCAGUCAGUAUUCAAAUAAAGAAGAUGAAACAAAAAGGAGGUUAGAAGAGGAAAACAAAAGGAAUGAAUUACUCCAGCAGCAGCUAAAUGAUCUGAAGGUCAAUAUGGAGAGGAUAGCAGACGAGUUACAUCAGGAACUAAGUGAGAAGAAAGCAGAGUUGAGAUGCCUGCAAGAUGAGCUGAGUACAAGGGACAAUGAGCGUGCAUCAGAUGGAUCUCUUCAGAGCCUUCGAAAUAUGCUGAUGGCUCUGCAGAAGGAGAACUCAGAUUUAAAGAUAAUGAAGGGCAGGCUUGAGAUAGAUCCCACGAGCAUGAAAAGUAUCUCACAGAAAGUUGAUGAUACUGCCUCUGAUUUUAACAACUUUCCUGAUGUGCAAAAGGUUAAGGAAGAGAUGGAUUCGUUGAAGAAAGCUUUACAGGACACUUCUCAUGAGCGUGACAGAGCAUUGCAAAAUUUGUCUCGGCUGAAACAGCAUUUGUUAGAUAAGGACCUUGAAGACCAAGAAAAGAUGGACGAAGAUAGCAAAGUCAUUGAAGAGUUGCGGGUAAUCUGUGAGCAGCAAAGGGGUCACAUAGUGCAGUUAGAGAGGGCGUUAAAGAUUGAGAUGGCAAAGCAGGAGGAGAGUAAGAAAAUCAUAAAUGAUGAACACCUGAGGUCAAAUGAACAAAUAGAAGAUCUUAAGUACAAGCUUGCAAACUGUAUGAAUGCACUUGAAUCAAAAGAUGUGGAACUGGUUAAUCUGCAGACUGCCCUUGGACAGUACUAUGCUGAGAGUGAAGCAAAGGAUCGAAUUGGGGGUGAUUUAGCUAUGGCUAAAGAAGAAUUGGCUAAAUUAUCACAGUCUUUGAUGGUGGCAAAUCAAGCAAUUGAAGUUUCAAGAAGAGAAAAGGAUCAGACAGUUGCUGAACUUUCUCAAGCUGAGAGGAUGUUAGCGGAUGGGAAGCGCUCCAUGCAGAAGCUCGAGGAUGACAAUUCAAGAUUAAGGCGUGCACUAGAACAAAGCAUGACAACAGUCAAUAGGAUGUCACUGGAUUCAGACAACUCUGUUGACAGACGUAUUGUGAUUAAACUACUAGUCACAUACUUCCAACGGAAUCACAGCAAAGAGGUACUGGAUCUUAUGGUUCGCAUGCUUGGCUUCUCGGAGGAAGACAAGCAAAGAAUUGGUUCUGCACAAAGCAAUGCUGGCAAGGGUGUUGUCCGUGGUGUUUUGGGUCUUCCUGGACGCCUAGUUGGAGGCAUUGUUGGCGGAAAUUCAGCGGGCAAAUCUACUCAUGCAUCUCAAGAUAACCAGGAGUCCUUUGCGGAUCUGUGGGUGGACUUCCUGCUCAAGGAAACAGAAGAAAGGGAGAAACAAAAAGCUUCGGAAGCCGCCGCAAGGCUUUCAGAGGAAGAGAACCAACCCGCCAGUACUAGCAAUGCAUCAACUUUCCAACCAUCACAACACCCUGCAAAUCUGGCGCCUGGCCCUUCCACAAAGUUGCAUCAGUUUGGUCGUCCAGAGUCUGAAUUCGGUACAGUUCCACUCGCGCCCCCCACUUAUACAUCUAUAUCUACGCAGCAGCCUUUCUCAAGACCACCUUUAAGAUGAUGUCAACCAAGUGUACAGUGCCGGAGGCCUUAGUUCCUUGCAAGCCUUCACCUUUGCUCUGGCCUUAAGCUAUUCAUUUCAUUUGUUGACAAUUUGGUAAUGAGAUAGUCCAUUCAUAGUUACCCUUGUUUUGAUCUCUCCCCCCAGCCUUCCCGGCCGGCGGCAUGUAAAGAAAUGUAAAUCGACCCUGUCAUCUGAAGACAGAGACAAUUCACUAUACAAUGUAUAUUCCUAUACAUGGAAUCCGGACGCUGUCUGCUGGACCAGCUGUACCCUAUAAAGAUGAGAUUUUUUGUCCCAA